AUGUCAACAAAUGAUUCCUCUACUACUAGCACAAAUACUCCUAUUCCUGCUGGCGAUGUAGCUUGGGUUUUGUCUGCAACAUGUCUCGUUUGGAUAAUGACUCCGGGUGUAGGCUUCUUAUAUAGCGGCUUGGCUCAAAAAAAGCAUGCCUUAUCAUUAAUAAUGCUAUGUUUUUUGUGCAUUCCAAUUGUAUCUAUACAGUGGUUUAUUUGUGGUUAUAGUCUAACAUUUAGCAGGACCGGCGGUCCUUUUAUUGGUGAUCUACGAAACGCAUUCUUCUCGAAUAUUGAUCAGAAUUCUGGCCCAAACAGCGCAAGUGAAAAAAUUCCAGAAUUUGGAUAUGCAAUUUUUGAGUGCAUGUUUGCAGUUAUUACCCCAGCAUUGAUAAUUGGUGGGGCUGCUGAACGUGUGAGACUUUUACCUACUAUUAUAUUUAUUUUUAUUUGGUCAACACUUGUUUACGAUAUCAUCGCUUCAUGGUGUUGGUCAAAAAAUGGUUGGUUCGCUACUUUAGGUGGUCUUGAUUUUGCAGGUGGUAUUCCUGUACAUAUAUCAUCUGGUGCAGCUGCUCUUGCUUUUUGUUUUGUUCUUGAAAGACGCAAUGAAAUUGGCAGACCUCACAACAUCCCUAAUGUAGUCAUUGGUACUGUAUUGCUAUGGUUUGGUUGGUUUGGCUUUAAUGGUGGUUCUGCCGUAGCUGCUGAUAGGCGUGCUAUUAUGGCUUGCAUUGUAACAAAUCUUGCUGCUUCAUUUAGUGGGCUUACUUGGAUGUUCAUAGAUUUUUUUAAAUUUGAUCAUAGAUUACGCGUUGUUAGUUUUUGUAGUGGUGCUGUUUCAGGAUUAGUUGCUAUAACCCCUGCAUCCGGCUAUGUUGCUCCUUAUGCUGCUGCUAUUAUUGGUAUAGCAAGUGGAAUUAUUUGUAAUCUUGCUUCUGCUAUGAGGACGAGGCUCAACGUAUAUGAUGAUGCUAUGGAUGUCUUUGCCAUUCAUGGUGUCGGAGGAUUUGUUGGGAAUUUUCUUACUGGAAUUUUUGCUGACAACGAUAUUGUUUCUCUUAGUGGUGAUUAUAUAAAAGGUGGUGAUUCUAUAAAAGGUGGUGCUAUUUAUGGAAACCCUUACCAAAUUUUAGUACAAUUAUCAGGAAGUUGCGUUGGAAUGGUAUACUCUUUUGUGGUUACUUUUGCCAUUCUCUUUAUUAUAAAUAGGAUUCCAGGACUCAGAUUACGGUUAAAUGGAAAUACGGACCAAGUGGAAAUGGGUGAAGAUGCUUAUUGUUUUGCUGAUGGACCACCUCAAGUUGGAUUAAAUGUAGCACCCAUUCGUAUGCCCAUGAAUAUAAAUAAUCAAAAUGAUGAUAAUUCAUAA